AUGCACACUCCUUCUUCUCAUCAUUGGCAGUGCCUCAAACGUGUUCUCCGCUACGUAUGUGGCACUAUCUCCUACGGUCUCGCUAUCCGGCGCUCUUCCCUUCCUCUUCAGGUCACCGCGUUUGCAGACUCCGACUGGGCGGGCAACGUUGAUGAUCGCACCUCCACCUCAGCCUAUCUGGUUUACUUAGGGCCCACUCUUAUCUCAUGGCGAUCUCAGAAACAACGCACUGUCGCUUGCUCCAGUACUGAGGCUGAGUAUCGGGCGAUUGCACAUGCGGCUGCAGAGUUGGCAUGGGUACAGAAUCUGCUGCACGAGCUUCAUCAACCGCUUACUUCGUCCCCAACACUCCUCUCCGACAAUCUUGGGGCCACGUAUUUUAGUGCCAAUCCACUGUUUCAUUCUCGAAUGAAGCAUUUGGCUAUAGACUAUCACUUUGUUUGUCAGCUCGUUCAGGAUGGCCGUUUUCAUGUCCGCUACAUUCCGACUGCUCAUCAACUCACUGAUAUGCUCACCAAGCCUCUGCCUUCCACACGAUUUCUCCUGUUACGAUCCAAGAUUGGAGUCGUUGACACCUCCUCCAUCUUGCGGGGGCGUAUUAGAGAAAAAGAAUAA